AUGCGGUUCCUCAAGCACAAGAAGCGCCGCGACCAGGAGGAAUACGACAGGCCCCUCGCCUUCGAGAAGAAGGAGGUGCUCAAGCUCAUGGCUGCGUCGCGCGCAGCAGCGGGCGCGGGCGACGGCGGCGAGGAUGGCGCCGAUGGCGCCGCCGCCGUGGACCCUGAAUCGCCUCUGUACAACAUGAAGCGGGAGUUCGUGAACAGCCUUCUGAAGUGUAUCGCAGACCGUGACCACUUCGCCGUCAAGGAGGACUACUAUCCUCUCCUGAAGUCUGACAUCCGCAAGGAAUACCAUCCGAUGGCAAACAGGAUUUUGCAGACGCUGGCGGGCAACGCGCUGCUCACGAUAGGGGAGGCUGGCUUCGGGAAGACGCCGUUCAUGUAUAUCCUCGCCGUGGCGACUGCGAGGCACAAUGCAGACGUCGCUAAUGAACGCCGCCCAGGUCGUGCCACGGCUGCUGUUCGGGUUUCCGCAGAGAUGGACUUCUUCCGCGGGGGGGUUUUCUUUGACCCCGCGCAGGCUGAGGCCAUGACCUACGCGCGCUGGGGGGCCGCGAAAUUCGCGCGCGGCCGAGCGAGGUUUGGCGGGGACAACCAGUGCAAUUCGAACGCUGCGCCAACUGCCGAGCAGUGGGCGUUCGCGGCGACGGCGCCCGAUGCUGCGAAGCGGACUACUGGCAUCUUGGUGGACAUGAUUCGGCCCGCCUUCCCAAAGGGCAUGUCCGAGAGCAACGUAGGGGCCAUGCUCAAGCGGCGCAACGUCGCCCUCAACACAAGGGAAGAUUUCUUAUUCAGGCCCGCUGGCAAGGCGGGCAAUAUCCUGAUGCGGUUCCUCGAGCACAAGAAGCGCCGCGACCAGGAGGAGUACGACAGGCCCCUCGCCUUCGAGAAGAAGGAGGUGCUCAAGCUCAUGGCUGCGUCGCGCGCAGCAGCGGGCGCGGGCGGCGGUGGCGAGGAUGGCGCCGAUGGCGCCGCCACCGCCGCGAGCGGCGCCCCAGCCGGCGCCGCGGCGCCGCGGGAGGCAGGCGCGGCGGGCGGCGCGGAGACCGCGCCCAACGACGGCGGGACGUCCGACCGCGGCGGCGGCGCCGACGCGUGGGCCGACCCCGCGGACGAGGAGGACGUGUUCGGCUUCGGCGGCGACAUGCGGGGGCCCGGGCUGUCGCCCCCCAAAAAGCUGACGGCCGCGCGGGACGCCCACGUGAGGGAGAUCAUCAACUCCGAGGCCAAAGUGCUUAUGAUGGUGCCGUGGCAGGCGGGUGCUGCUCCUGGAUCGAGCGGCGACGCGAGUGCGCCGAGUGGCGCGGCUGCGCCCGCGGACGCCGCGCCCGCCGUGCAGCCCCCGAUCGUCGGCUGCCACGGUGCGCUCUCGGAAGAGGACCAUCGGGAGCAGGUGGCGAUCUUCCGCAGCCUCGCCGAGACCCACCACGGCGCGCGCGAGGACCUGGUCACUCCGCCGCGGAAGACCAGGAGGACGGGUCUGGCCUGCGGCGGGCCGCUCUCCCCCGUGGACAUCCAGGAGCAGCAGGCGAUUUUCGCGUCCAUUGUGGCGCAGGCGCACGGCGAGACCAUCGAGGUGGCCGACGAUAGCGUCGACUUGGAAGCCGAAUUGGAGACGCUCCUCGAUGGCGUCGAGGCGGAGCGCGUUGGCGGCGCGAGCGAGCUUCCAGGUGACCUUAUGGGCUGA